UUUUCGUAAACUAAAGAUAUCUUAUCUAUAUAACCUUUUGAUCGCUUCUGCAAAAAUAUGCAGUUGCUGUAGUGAUUUCGUGGUGUUCGAACCAAUUCACUUUCAUCAAGCUUGAUCAGUUGCACUGUAACAGUUUUAACAAAAUCAAGAAAAUGGCCCCCAAAUUGUACAUCGCAGAAGUCUGCCCUGCCGUCAGAUCCACUCUUUUAUUGAUCAAAGCUCUGGGUUUGAAUGUUGAGUUGGUUCCUCUGAAUAUGGCAAAAGAUGAACACCUCACACCUGAAUUCUUGAAAAUCAACCCUUUGCAUACAGUACCUACACUGCAAGAUGGAGAUUUCGUUGUAUGUGAUAGUCACGCUGUUAACAUUUAUCUGAUCGAAAAGUAUCACCCAGAAACCGACCUGUAUCCAAAGUGCAAUCAGGCAAGAGCUACCAUCCACCAAAGACUGUUCUUCGAUGCUGGUAUCCUUUUUGCCAGGAUGGCUGAUAUCGUCAAAAGCGUCGUUAGAGAAGGUGCGAAAAUGGUCAGCAAAGACAGGGCAGACAAAGUCAUCGAAGGUUACAGUUUCUUGGAAGCACUCUUAGAAAUGAAUAAAUACGUCGCUGGAGAUCACGUCACCAUCGCUGACUUCAGUCUAGUAACCACUACUGCUUCCUGCAAUGUUGUGGUGCCAAUAGCCUCGAACAGAUACCCCAAGAUCUCUGAAUGGUUGGCUAAUAUGGAACAGCUGCCAUACUACAAAGAAGCAGUCCAGGCUGGACUAGACAUGUUCACCGGAAUGAUGAAAAGUAAACUAGCCUAAUUUAAAGAUAAAUUCGCUAGUUACGAUCAAAAUAAUCACAACGUUGGCAGAGAUGUUGUUUAGCCGACAUGACAAAUAUUUUAUAAUAAUCAUUAUAUCUACAAAUGCAUGUCAUAUUUAUGUGCUCCAUCUUUAUUUAUUUCUUUGUUAUGUGCAAACCUAAAUAAAUAUAUAUUUUAAUGGUCAAA